AUGACUUAUUCUACUCAGCUCAAUCACAACAGAUAUUCACACGACUCUGUUUCGCAUACUAUCGGGACGACGCAAGUUGGGUACGACAACAAGAAUUUGCGGCCGCUUGAGGAAAUGCAAGACCGUGACAGGACCACAAACUGGGCGAAAGCGAGAAAGCGAACGACAGGAACGACCAGAGGCUGCUCUGAGAAUGCCGCAAUGAUAGGUGCUGAUUUGGGGACGGACGAUUCUGCGCAAGAUCCCAGGGUACUCUCAGCAGACCCCUACCGUUCUGAGGCUGUUAAAUUCUUCUCAAGCCGAGCAACAAGAUCCAUUCCGAUGAACAACCUUUUCAUACAUACUGCGGACUCGUGCAAAGCACAUUCGCCCAUCCUAUCUAUUACGAUCUUUCACGAUCAUGACUUACCUUCGUCAGCAACCUUCUUGGCCCACUCAGACGCGCUUUUAAUCGUGCAUCUUAGCGUGGACUCCCACGACAGCGACACCUCGAAAGAUGUAGGCGCCAAAAUGGCCCACAGAUCGGUACCUCUCGAGCACGAUGUACAAUGCGUACGCGAAAGUUCUAGUGCUGCGCAAAUUCGAGCACGGACGAUUGACGUGGUUGUGGCCUUUUCCCUUGGCUCAUAG